AUGAGUUGUGCUAAAUGUGAACGACCAUUUCGCUAUGGUACCGAAGAUACAGUAACAAUUAAUAAAAAAACCUAUCAUAGUGAUUGUUUAUCAUGUGAUAAUUGUUCGAAAGCGUACGAUGGAUCAUUUCUACCUGAUCAACUCGAUCAACAAGCACUUUGCCGAGAAUGUAGUAACAUGAACCAAACAAAAUCAGCAACGAAUUUGCAAUCGGCUAGUACAGAAUCAAAAAAUAAUGUAUUGCGUUGUGGUGGUUGUGGUAUUCCAUUUAAUCCUUCAUCUCGACAUAUAACAAAAAAAUAUCGUAAUAGAGAAUAUCAUCAUAAUUGCUUAAAAUGUCACGAAUGUCAAGCACUAAUCGAAGGUGAAAUCUAUGAAGAUGAACAAAAUACCAAAAUCUACUGUACAUCAUGUUUUAAACGUCGUGAUCAACAAGGUUUUCAAAAACAAAAUCAACAAAAAAAACUUAAUCAACAGAAAACAGUUCAUUUUGCUGAAAAACUUGCCGAAACACUCAAUCGCGAUGAACUAGAAGCAUAUUAUAAAAAUGAUCAAGGUCAUAGUAAUGAUUCAUUUCUUACUGGAAUUGAAAAUAGUGCUGGAGGAAUUAAAUUUUGUGCUGCGUGUAUGUUACCAUUUCAUUAUGGUUCUCGAAUAACUGAAGCUAAUGGUAAAGAAUAUCAUUAUGAAUGUUUCUCGUGCAAGAAAUGUGCUCAACCAAUCAAUGGAACAUACACAAUGACUCCUGAUGGAUCAACAUUUACGUGUGGAAGCUGUCUUCAAAAAGUGUAUUCAUCAACACCGAUAAUGUUAUGUGCUGAAUGUGGACAACCGAUUGAGCCACAUGUUCAUGCUCGUGUUACUUUUAAUAAUCGCUCGUUUCACUCCGAAUGCUUUUCAUGUGCAGUAUGCCGUCGUCAAUUAAAUCCAUCUCAAGCAUACACCUUACAUAAUGAUCAACCAUGGUGUCAUCAAUGUGAAGUCGAUACUAAGACGUGUUAUGUAUGUGGAAAACCUAUAUUAGCAGCGGGAAUAACGUAUGAAACACGAGAGUACCAUGCUGAAUGUUUUAAAUGUUCGCAUUGUCAUAAAUCAUUAGAUAAUGAGAAUUUACUUUGCGCGAAUAAUUUACAACCGUAUUGUGUUCCUUGCAAUGAAAUAUUAUUUGCUAAACGAUGUGCAAAAUGUGCACAACCUAUUCCAUUUGAUAAGAAGUACACUGUAAUUGAUGAUAAGCCAUAUCAUGAACAUUGUUUUCUAUGUGUGAAAUGUCAUCGACAGAUUGGUUCGAAAAAGUUUUUCAAAGAUCCUCGUGGAUUUGUAUGUUCAAAUUGUGGAAAAGCUUAA